AUGGCAACCUGGAAAUUUCCUCUUCUCCUUCUUGGGCUCUCUCUCCUCGCCGUCUCUGCUACCGCUCGGCCAUGCAAAACCCUUUUCUUCUUCACCUCCGCCUCCUAUUACCCCAUCCCCGCAGCCCACUCUUCAAACCCUAAUCCUAAUUUCAAUCUCCAACACCCUUCCUUUUCUCCCCGAUUCUUAACUUUCUUCUUCACAAUAGCCCCUUUCCCCGACGAUGAAAGCAAAUUGCAAUAUAACAAACCCUCCAUUUCCCUCCUGCGUAACUCAAUUUUCUCUGGGGAAGAAGAUCAGCUUGUUGAAAGAGAAGAAGAAGACGUUUCGAAGCGAUCGUCUUCGAUGAUUCCGGUAGAGUUUUACUCGUCUGUCAAGAGCUCAAUUCGUGACCGGACAAAGGAUAUCAUGGGGGUUAUGGGAGCUAUGCUUUUUGGCGCUGGAUGUGGCGCUUUAACAGCUGCAAUGAUGUACCUGAUUUGGUCUCUGUUCUGGCCCACGACCUUGGAUUUUGAGGAUUCCAGUGAUGAUCAUGCUAGUCCCAAGAAGAUGGGGUAUGUGGUUCUUCCUACUAAGGUUGUGGAUGAUGAUCUGAAGAAGCCGGCAAAGGAUGUGGUUUGAGG